UAACAAUAUCAUCCAAAAGAUACCUCGCUGCUUGCGAAGCGGUGUGUUCGACUGGUCCACGUUCGAGUGACCAGACAGAAAAAUAUACGUCGCAUAGUCUACUUUCAUUUUGUUGAAGGGAAACCUAUUUCUUAGUUAACCGAGGAUGUCGUAUAUGCUCCCUCAUCUCCACAAUGGGUGGCAAGUGGAUCAGGCUAUUCUAUCCGAAGAGGACCGUGUUCUUGUUAUUAGAUUUGGCCACGACUGGGACCCCACAUGCAUGAAAAUGGAUGAAGUUUUGUAUAGCAUCGCUGAAAAGGUCAAGAAUUUUGCAGUGAUUUAUCUGGUGGAUAUCACAGAAGUGCCAGAUUUCAACAAGAUGUAUGAAUUGUAUGACCCUUGCACAGUCAUGUUCUUUUUCAGGAACAAGCACAUCAUGAUUGACCUUGGAACAGGAAAUAAUAACAAGAUCAACUGGACCAUGGAAGACAAACAGGAAAUGAUUGACAUUAUUGAGACUGUCUACAGAGGUGCAAGGAAAGGGAGAGGUCUUGUGGUUUCUCCUAAAGAUUACUCAACCAAAUACAGAUACUAGUUUUUAUUUCAGACUUUUUCUUAACAUCCUCUAGUUUGAGCACAGUUUGGAUACCUCGCUGGGAUGAUGUGAGGACAUUGGGCACUGAGGCCAUGUGGAGAACAACAGGGUCUGCUCUUGCGGUUUAUUUAAAUUUUGUUACAAUUAUGACAAAUAGGCCCUGUCCUAUUGUUAUUCUUGGUAUUUACCUCCAUGUUGUGAAUAAAUGUCUAAAGAAUAUUGUUUGGAAAUAAGCAUAAGACCUUUUUUAAAAUAAGCCCUUGUUCUUAAAACAUACCUGAUUCAUUUAAAGUACAUGGGGUAUUUUGCUUUAACAUAUUCCAAUGGAAAUAGAAAAAUCAACUCUUAGAGGGACAUGGGGCACCACUAGUUCAGUACUUUUACAAGUUUUUUUUUUUUUUUUUUUUUUUAAAUGAGAAGCCAGUUCAAGCCUCACCCCUGCUAAGCUGCUACUGUUGUGCUGCUGAGCAAGGCCCUGAACCCUCAAUAGUUCAAGGGGUAGUGAGUUAUAAAGUUGCUUUAAAAAGUGUCCAGUAAGUGUAGCCCAAAAGACAGACUGAAUAUUGAAAAAGCAUUAGUGCCUGUAUUAGCCCGAGUGCAUUAAAAACCUGUUUGGGAAGCUGGUGGAGGACAA